AUGUCCAAAGUACAUCAUACCACAAAAUCGCGCUUCCAAGAGCAAUUGGAUUACGACAAAUUGCCGUCGUGGUCCGAUUGCGCAUCCCAGUUGAAUCGGCGCUAUCAGCAUCUGGCAGCUGAAGAGUCAACAAGGAAAAUAACCGAGGUAAUCGGGGAAACAGUUACCGUGGAAAUACCUCAAGAAGACGACCAGGCGAUUGGCCCGGCUCCUGGCAGUAUCGCCAUGUUCCUCUUGACGGAUACCUCCAAGAUGUAUAGGCAAGUGCAGGUUGCUGAAGAAGAUCGAAAUUUCCAAUUGAUUCUUUGGAGGGAGAAAGCAAAUAUUGACGUGCAAACUUAUCGCCUGAAUACGGUCACGUAUGGGACAGCUUCAGCUCCAUUUCUGGCCAUCCGCUGUCUCGUUGAGCUAGCAAAAGUCUAUGCUAAGUCCCAUCCUGUGGCCUCGCAAGUCAUAGCAAAUGACUUUUACGUUGAUGAUAUGCUGACAGGAGCAAAUAGUCUGGAAGAACUGGGAAGAAUUCGGCAGGAAGUGAGUGAGGUCCUGGAAGCGGGGGGUUUCAUGUUGGCCAAAUGGGCGUCAAAUCAUCCCCAUCUGCUGUCCGAUAGUGGCCAGGAAAAGUCUCUUCAGUUUGACCCUUCCGCUUCCAUUAAAACACUCGGAAUUCGUUGGAAUCCGCAAACUGAUUUGUUUCACUAUCAGCUGGACGACUCCUUUGAUUCAUUACCCCCUACGAAGCGCAACAUAUUGGCAAAGAUCUUGCUGCAGCAUCUGUGGAGGCAAAAGUUGGAUUGGGACGAGUCAGUUCCCAUGAGUCUGCAUACGAGUUGGAACAGGUUCAAGCAGAAUUUAUUCGACUUGGAAAAAUCUCUAUACUUCGCUUUAUCGGUCUUGCCAAUAAUUCCACUAUCCAAAUACACGGAUUCGCUGACGCAUCAGGUGAUGCCAAAGUCCCGAGUAUCGCCUCUUAAAACGAAAUCAAUUCCACGACUCGAAUUGUGUGCAGCGCUUCUUCUAUCCACGCUAUGGUCUCAAGUUCGACUGCUGCUAGAUAAGUUGGUAAUUGAAAGCGUGAACUUUUGGUCGGACUCCCAGGUCACCUUGUAUUGGCUGGAAAGGGACCCAGCCACACUAGCAACGUUUGUGGCCAAUAGGGUUGCUGAAAUCCAGGAGUUGUCCAGUGGUGUGAUUUGGCGUCACGUUCCCACCGAUCAAAACCCAGCAGACUUAGUGUCCCGUGGAACAGAUGUAGAUGGUGUUGAGUUGUCUCCAGAAAUGGAAAAGUCAGAAGAUAAGAAAAGUGUGGCAGCACAUUCUGUGGCAAAGGGUCAGACUAAUGAGGUCAUCGAGCUGAUUGGAAGAUGCUCGUCGUUUCAGAAGUUGCUUCGGAUCAUGGCGUAUGUGAAUCGGUUCAUUCAAGGUGGCAAUCGCAGUCAAGAUGUGGUUGUGUCAGCUAAGGAGCUGAAGGUCUCAUUUCUUAGGCUGGUAAAGGUAGUCCAAAGAUGUGAGCUUGGAUCGGAAUUCCUCAAACUGGAUAGGUCGGAAAUUUUGUCUCCACAUCUUCAACGACUCAGCCCGUUCAUACACACGAGCGAACUCGGCGGAGUCACCUUCCGACUGAUUCGUGUUGGGGGAAGAUUGCUGCACGCAGAAAUUCCAUACGAUGCGAAGUUUCCUCUACUGCUGUCGCAAAAGUCGCAGUUCGUGAUACUGUUCGUCGGGAGGAGAGGCCUUCCGGAGAAGGUCUACAGCGACAACGCCACCAACUUCGUGGGCGCGAGCCGAGUGAUGGAAGAGCUUCACGCAGCAUUUCAGAGGGAUCAGGAUCGGCUCAGGACGUACGCAGCACAGCACGGCGUCGAGUGGUGUUUCAUACCACCGAGAGCACCGCACUUCGGAGGGCUUUGGGAGGCGGCAGUCAAGGCAGCCAAACAACGGCUGAUACGCGGAGUUGGCAACGCCAAGCUCACCGCGGACGAGCUCAGCACCCACCUGGUCGAGGUAGAGGCCAUCCUCAACUCCCGGCCAAUCGCUUCGCCAGUGCAUUAA